AUGGGUUCACGGACAGCAUGGACAAGUUCAUGGAAGAGAAAUUCUCAAGAACUCCUGGGGGAUGGAGAGUCAGCACUUUGUGGCUUGCUGCUUCCUCCACAGGUUCCAGAUAACACUAAAGUAGUUAACCCCAUUAAAGUGGAGUCACACAACAACUGGUCUGACCUGGUUCGUGUUAUCUCCCAUGAAGCAUACCUGACACAAGGAGAUCUCUUUUGGCACUACCCAAAGUCACAGGUGCAGCUGGAAACAAGCACUGUGGACCAGCGGCGGGAUGAGUGUCCCUCAUUGGGCAGACACAGUGCCAUCCUGCUUCAUUCCAUGCUCUGCAAAGAGCCUCUGCAAGGCUUGCCACAAUCAGCUGAAAGGUGGACCAAAGAACUUGCUCGGAGCCUCGCCAAGAUGUUUGCAGUAUGGAUCACUACUCUUUUUCUUCUUGAUGCAGCCAGAGGAAGGGAAGUUUGCUAUAAAAGGCUCGGAUGCUUUACAGAUAAGCCCCCUUGGUCUGGCAUCCCAGGGAGACAACUGGCAGGGUUGCCCAGCUCUCCAGAAGAUGUGAACACCAAUUUCUUCCUUUACACUAGAGACAACAUCAUGAAAUAUCAAAAAAUUUCUGCCACAAAUCCUUCAACUAUCAAAGCUUCGAAUUUUCGAACGCACAGGAAAACUCGCUUCAUUAUACACGGCCAUCUUGCUGGAGCGGAUCUCCCCUGGAUAACAAAUAUAUGCAGGCUCAUGUUUCACACUGAAGACGUGAACUGCAUUUUGACUGACUGGAGAGGUGGCUCUAAUGGUUUGUACACCGACGCAGUUAACAAUGUCCGCGUUGUGGGGGCUGAGCUGGUAUAUCUGGUGAACUUUCUUGAGAAAGACUAUGGCUACUCUCCUGCCAACAUUCAUUUCAUCGGCCAUAGUCUUGGAGCACAUGCAGCAGGGGAGGCAGGGAGAAGGAAACCUGGCAUUGGAAGAAUAACAGGUUUGGAUCCAGCUGGGCCCCUGUUCCAGUAUACUCCCACAACGGUUAGGCUGGAUCCUUCAGACGCUACAUUUGUUGAUAUAAUUCAUACUCACGCCGGUCAUCUUUUCUUUGACUUUGCUCCAGGGAUUCUUCAGACUUGUGGACACCUGGAUUUUUACCCAAAUGGUGGGAAGAAGAUGCCAGGAUGCAAGCAGCUUCGUGUACCUCCUGCAACUCGGAAUAUCAAUGACCUUAUGAGAGAAUAUAGAUCUGUUGGAUGUGGGCAUAAAAGAAGUCUCCAGUAUUAUGCUGAGAGUAUUAUCACUCCAAAUGGAUUUGUCGGGUAUCAGUGUGAAACAUACCGAGCUUUUGUACUGUGUAAGCAGCAAUUAAAUAUGAAUCCAGUCACUGCUGCUUCCUCCAGAUACUUCCGAGACUUCUCACGAACACCAUCAUACAGUGGUGCAAAGCAGUGCCAUGUAUCAGCAAACAAGAACCAGACCCAGAUCCAAGCAUUCACGUAG